GCAGAAGCGCCGGCUGGCGAUUUACACACGAAUGACACCCACAGAUUACGAAAACAAAGAUGGCGGCGAAUACGGCUGAGAACUUCCCCGAGCUGAAGAAUGACCUGAUGCUCCGUGCCGCCCGAGGUGAGAAGACAGAACGAGUGCCGGUCUGGGUGAUGAGACAAGCGGGCAGAUACCUGUCAGAGUUCCGGGCCAUGAGAGCUGAGAAUGAGUUCUUCAAGGUGUGUCAAACACCUGAGCUGGCCUGUGAAGUUACCUUACAGCCCAUCCGCAGAUUUCAGCUGGACGCUGCGAUUAUCUUCUCAGACAUUCUCGUGGUGCCGCAGGCCCUGGGUAUGACAGUAGAGAUGGUGCCAGGGAAAGGCCCCAGUUUUCCUGAACCACUGAAGGUACCAGAGGACAUGUCCAAACUAGACAAGGAUGUGGACGUAAACAAAACCCUCGGCUACGUGUUCGAUGCCAUCACUUUAACUAGGCACAAGCUGGAGGGGAAGGUGCCUCUUAUAGGGUUUUCUGGAGCACCAUGGACACUGAUGUGCUACAUGAUCGAGGGUGGGGGUUCUGAGAGCAUGAGUAAACCUAAACAGUGGCUGUACAAGUAUGAGGAGGCCAGUCAUCAGCUGUUAAACAUCCUCACUAAAGUCAUCAUAGACUAUCUGGUGGGCCAGGUCAUCGCAGGCGCACAGCUGCUGCAGGUGUUUGAGUCUCACGCCGGCCACCUGUGUCCCCGCACCUUCCACACGUUCGCCCUCCCGUACCUCAGCAUCAUCGCCAGGCAGGUGGAGGAGAAGGUUCGGGCCCAGGGCAAGGAACCUGUACCCAUGAUUAUAUUUGCCAAGGGUGCCCAUUAUGCCAUAGAGGACCUGGCCCAGAGUGGAUAUGAAGUAGUGGGGUUAGACUGGACUGUGAACCCCAAAACUGCACGACACCAGACCCAAGGGAAGGUGACUUUACAGGGGAACAUGGACCCUGGUGCUUUAUAUGCCUCUAAGGAGGAGAUCAGGACCAUAGUAAGAGAAAUGUUGGAACAGUUCGGGACGCAGCAGCACAUCGCAAACCUGGGCCACGGGAUCUACCCCACCAUCGACCCUGACCACGUGGAAGCUUUCGUGGACGCAGUACAUUCCAUAUCGGAGGAAAUCAACCUGGACAGCAAGAAGAAAAACUAGGAGCUGUUACGCUGCUGUCACAGUCGUCAUAGGUAGUGCUGUGUACUGGUUCGCUGGACCGGUUCUGGACUUGUAAAAAUGUUUCGGUUCAAGUCCAAAAAACCCUCAAAGUCAAGAACCGAUUU